GAUGUAGAACCAAAACCAAGGUGACAUUCGAUUGGAAGCUCGACUAUUCGAAGAAUAGGUGGGCUAUACUACUUGCCCCAGCGUCGGUGUCGGCGUCCGGUUAAAGUUUUAGGAAUGAGCCAUUCCAAUCAAGAUGGGAAAGUCAAUGUCAAGAACAGUUUACAUUGAGUCUGAGAACAAUGCUCAACUUUUUACAGCUAUUGAGAAAGGGCAGUUACAUGUUGUGAAGAGAAUUGUGAAGAUUAGUGACAGCACAGUACUGUAUACGGCUAGACAAAAAGGAAAAUCUUUACUCCACUGUGCGGUGCUGAAUGGUCAGAUAGAGGCUUUGAAGUAUCUGCUAGAUGCAGGUCUGGAUGCUAACACAAAAGAUGACUUUGGUGAUGCCGCCUUGCUUGAAGUCGCCCACUGCAGCAGCUGGAUAGAUCUAAAAGUUGUUGAGGCAAUCAUAAAGCUCCUUAUUGGAGCCAAGGCAGACAUAAAUGCAACUAGCAAUAUUGGAAGGACAUGCUUACUGAAGUGCAUAGUGGAAUACAGACUUGCCACAGCCGAAAAGUUGUUAACGUUUAGAGCCAAUCCAAACCUUUGUGACACAGAUGGGCUUUACCCGAUUCAUGUAUGUGCAACUUACAAACUUUUGCCGCUGUUGAAGAAACUUGUAGCCUUUAAGGCUAAUAUCGACGCUCAGGAUAUCAAAGGAAGAACCGCACUUUACCUGUCUGUUAAUGCGGGUCACCAGGAAAUCCCAACAGAGCUUAUCAAAUAUGGCUGCAACGUUAACCUUGGUUCCAGCUUUGGUUAUCCGCUGUCCGCCGCAAUCACAAAGUGCCGACCUGAUAUGGUCAAAUUAUUGUUGGAGCACGGGGCAAAUGUGCAAAUAAAACUGAAUGAACAGCGACAGGUGUUUCUGAAAGGCUAUGACUGCUUGAACUUGGCCCUUAUUGUCCUACAUAUACACUCAGCCAUAGCUGACAUGACACAUUACACGGAGGAACCAAGAAUUGAGAAUUUGAAAGCAGCCAUAAGAAUUCUUGAUCUUAUCAUCCAAAGUAUGGGAAAACCCGUUGUUUUUAACAAAAACAUAUUCUUUCGUUCACGGAAGCCUGACUUAUCCAGUGACAUUACAUUGCUUCCGAUAGAUAGACAACUGAAGGCAAUUUAUCAGCGCCUUGUGUUUGUAUACGAGAUGACUAAAGCGUAUGGCAAACCUGCACUGGAAGGCAUGCCCCCACUCAAUCCAUCUAUUGACAAGCGGUCACUUCAAAACAUCUGUCGUAUGAAGAUGAGGCAGUAUUUGCUGGAAUCUGGGUCUAAUGUGCUGUGUAGUAUUGAACGCGUUGAUUGUCCACAAACAGUCAAAGACGUUCUACUUCUGAAAGACAUUUCUUGGUGCUGAAAUGUUGGAUUCUAGGAUCUGUAUCCAAAGUGCAGCGGCAAUAGAUUUGUUAAGUCUAGUUUUCGAAUGUAUUGAACUGAAGCAAUGUCACAGCAAUACAAAUUAAAAGUGUUGGCUGUAAAAUGAUGACAAACUUGGAAAACAGCAUUAUUAUUAUUAUCAUAUCAUCAUUUGCAGCAUGAUAAUAUUGUUUACAUUCCAGUUUUCAUUCAACUUUCAUUUAAAUUCUUCACAGUUCUCUCUUGAAUCUGAAGUGUGAACCAAAAAGGCAAUUUCAGGGAAAAUGUUUCACCCUUCUUUGAUAUAAUUUUAUGAGAGUGUGAAUCCAAAAGCAUCUAAAUAUGAGUUCACGAGGGGCCAUAUGGGAUUUAGUGAGUGCCCUGGGCCCAUAUUUAACAGUCUCAUUUCAGAUUCUAGACACAGACUCCUCUUUAUAAUAGGAUAAAAAAUUAUCUUUAUUCCAUUCUUUUAGAAGAUGUAAAACAGUCAAAUAGUUAUAUAUGUAGUUCAGCAAAGUUUCCAUCAGUGCUUUACUAGGUGGAAAGUUACAAUGAAAUAAAGACUUGUACAUAUGUAUGUAUCUUUGAGCACAUACUUCAAAGUUAUCAUUGUUUUUACUUGUAUCUGAAUACACGGAUUACCUGGAUGCAGGAAAAUGGAGUCCCUGUCUCAGGUUCAGGUCUUGUCAGUCUUGAGUUUUUGACUCAGGCUCAGAAACCCAAAUUCUUAAAUGUUUCAAAAUAUCUAUAAUGUGACUAAUUUUUACAAAAGAUGUCUACCUGAUUCAUGAUACCAUUUCUGUGACUCUCAGAUUCAGCAAUUUUUACCAUCUUUGCUCCUGUGACAUUUUACAACAAAAUUAAGAUCUUGCUUUGCGGAGUCCGAGUCUUAAGUUCAGACUCAAGACGUCAUGACUCCCAUUUUGAACUUGCUCUGCAUUCCUGCAUCCAAAAAAAUAAUUGGUCACAUUAUUUUGGCACCCCAAAAAACGUGAGACCCUAGGGUAAGCCCUGGUUUAAAUUAAGUACCUUAGACAUGUACAUGUAAAUGUGUGUAUGUUGGUUGGAAUUUGUGUUUGUUUGUUUUUUUCAGUUUUCUCCAGUUUAAUUUUACUUUGUGGAGUUAUCUAUCUAAAUGCUAGUCUAUACCUUUUUGCCUAAAUGCUAGUCUAUACUUGUUUGCCUAAAUUCAAGUCUAAGUGUGUUUGCCUAAAUGCUAGUCUAUGCAGUUUACCUAAAUACAAGUUUGUGUGUUUGCCUUAAUGCUAGUCUAUGCAGUUUGCCUAAAUACAAGUUUGUGUGUUUGCCUAAAUGCUAGUCUAUGCUGUUUGCCAAAAUGCAAGUCAAUGCGAUUUGCCUAGAUUCAAGUUUAAGUGUGUUUGCCUAAAUGCUAGUCUAUAUGUGUUUGCCCAAAUGCAAUUUUAUGUGUGUUUGCUUAAAUGCAAGUCAGUAUGCGGUUUGCUUAAAUGCAAGUCUAUUCAGUUUGCCUAAAUGCAAGUUUGUGUGUUUGCCUAAGGGCUAGUCUAUUACGUAUUUGCCUAAAUGCAAGUUUAUGUGUGUUUGGCUAAAUGCUCAUCUAAGUGGUUUGCCUAAAUGCAUGUCUAUGCAUGUUUGCCUCUAUGAAUCAGUAAUUGUCAUAUGUUCAUACUACAAUCAUCAGUAACUGUUAUUGUUAGUGUUUAUAUUUGCCAUAUACUAAACGAUUAAAUCAGGAUUUGGCAACUCUGCUGUAGACUUUAAAGUUGCACUCUUAUUCAAAAUCAGUACAUACACAUGUAUAACAAACACAAAUUUUGAGUGAUCAACCUUAAACUACUUACUAAAUUAUGCAUUUACGGAAUAUAUUGAUUACUGAUCACAAGAUUGUAACCGUCUAUUUAAUAGCUGAAAACGCAAAAAUAUUAAAUGAUUGGUGAACGCUAAAAGAUGUACUGUGAUUUACUAUCGUCUCAUAAGGUAGAAAUACUGUGUUAACUGCAGCUUUCUUUCAAAUUAAACUCGGUAUCCUUUAUAAGAACUAUUAUUUAUGACAUUUGUUCAUCCAUUUAGCUACCUAAUUGUUUUGAAAAGCAAAAAAAUAUAACUUUCUUAGUGUUGGCUUGAAUGUAUUUAACCAAAUAAUGACUACCGGUAAUGACUUCGGUGAUCUUUUUCAUUGGAUACUUUUCAAAUGACAAAAUCAGGGUCUGUGCUAAAAAUUACAUUAGAAGAGACAUGAGAAUGAACACUAUGGUAUUUGUAAGUUGUUGAAUUUUCUUUUUUUAUGAAUCAUGAAUUCUGUUUUGUUUUUGUUAAUGAAACUGUUUUAACAAUAUUUCUGUGGAACUGGUAAUUUGUUAUUUGAUGGAAGUUAUUGUGUUUUUUUCAUCUUGUGAAACUGUAACAUAUUCAGACACAUGUUGAACUACCAUUUUUGAUCUCGGUUAAUAUUUCAUAAUUUGCCUCACAAUUGCUUCACAAAAUGCCACAUACUAUAUGUGUAUUACACAUAUAUGACUUCAGUGAGAUCUUUGCUUUAAAUCUUCCUUAACAUACUAAAUGUUUACACAUUUUAAAUGUUUUUCAGUUUUUCAUUUCUGCCGGUUUAUUCUGGCCCAGUGAAGUCUUAUUUUGUAUAGAAAACAUGUUGAGGUAUCGUCAUAGCCUUUGUGUCAUGGUUGUUGCAUUUUGUCGGAAUAUAGGUCUACGAGCUAGUGUCAUAAUUUAUGUAUAUCUGACCUGAAAUAAAUGUUCUUGCAUCUUGUAGCUCUUGUGCAAAAGCUUCAUAACUCGAAAUCUUGUAUCUCUUGUGUGCAAAAGCUUCAUAACUCAAAAUCUUGUAUGUCUUGUGUGCAAAAGCUUCAUAACUCAGUCUAUUCAAAUUUCAAAGAAAACAUGAUAGGCACAUGUUUAUCAAGGGCCUAUAAUCAUCUUAAAUAAUUGAUGAGUAGUGCCCCUUGCUGGACUGAAUAAAACAACCUAAAAUACUUGUUAAAGCUGCACAAUUACAGAUUGACCAUUUUGACACUUGUAUUAUUUUUUGUCUGGGAAUGAGAGAAUUUUUGCAUUAAUGUCUGGGAACUAGUGAAAUAAGACUGCUGACAAGAUUAGAUCGCACUUUUUCAUAUUUACGUUAGAAAAUUGAUGUUUUAUGGCUAAAAGCGUUCCUUUAACAUUUGAAGAAAAGUAUGAGUUUUUCGGCCGAGUUUUCUAAACCAUUGAGAUCUGUUCUUUAGUAAGUAACUUGUAUCUUAUUUGACUGAAUUGUAGGCAUUAAUUAAUGCCAAAAUCAGGUGAUUCUGAGACAAAAAAAAAUAAGUCAAUUGUUUUCAAUUUGUGAGAGUGCAGCUUUAAAGCCAAUCUAUCACUGGUAGAGACAUGUACCAUGUAAAGGACUUGACCAUCUGACCGACCUUUGGAAACCUUCUUCUUCAAAAUGAAGUACAUGUACAGUCAAAACUCACUAUAUCGAAGUCAUUGGGACCUCUAAAAUACUUUGAGAUAACAAAUAUUCUACUGAAUAUAACUGAAAUAUAUAAAGUGUAUUAUUAAAUUGAAAAAAAUGAAAAAAGUUCGACAUAACCAGAAAAUCAAGAUAACAGAGUUCCAUUUAGCGAGAUUCGACUGUAUAUAUUUACAUUUGUUUAGUCGAUUGUAUAAAGAAAAUAUAAUGUUCCAGAUGAGCCUUUAAGCCUUAUAGCUGUUGUUAAGAUUUAUAUAAUUAUUAUAGGUGAGAAUUUUCUGGGAAGUUCUGAGACUGUGUUUAUGGAAUGUAAAAAGUACUUCAAUACUUUAGUCACAAAAUUUCACAAAAUGAAAGGCUAAGCUUUUGUAGAUUUUUCUUGAAUAUUUGCAAUGCAUAAGUUAAUGAUGAUGUAGAACAAAAAGUUUAGUCUCAAAACUUUAGGGACAAUCCUUACAAGUGGUGUUGAAUUGUUAAAGGUAGUUUAUUAUUCAUAAAAAUCAGGCUAGGGCUGGGUAGAAUUUGGGGUUCAACUCUGAAUUUAGUAGUUUCAUUGGAUUUGAAUUAUGUAACAAUUAUCAUGUGUUACCAAAGACUUAAUUCCUGGAAGUGCAUAUAAAUAGUUAUGUGUUCAGAAAAAAAUAUGUUUGUUCUUAGAAUUUGUUCAUUAAAUCAUUCUAUUUUGA